UAAAGCUAAACACGGCCCUAGUUGGAGGAUACGAGGUGCCGAUGUGCCAUAUAGAGCGGUUCUAAGCUCUAAAUAAUCAGAAAUAUGAAAAGCAAGCUCAGAAACGAUUCAUAGAUCAAGACUUCACACAAUAAUUUGAGUUCGCCUUACAGAAUCAAAGAAUGGCUUCGCCUUCAUCAGAUCCCAUGGAUGAUGGCAGCUUCAGAGCUCGAGUUCACAAGGUAUUCAGCUCGCUAUCUACGCCGCCGUCUUCGAAUUCGCCGGCGCUGCAGCCGCUGUGGUCUCUCACAGACGACGAAGUGGAGAAGAGAGAUUGGAAUCGAAGCAAAAAUAAACCAGGUAAAGAUGAUGACAGUACCAUCUGUUCGUCUUCGUUCGAUGGUAUGUUCAAACGAAAUCGCGAAGGCCUUCCUAAACGGUGUGUUGACACCGAUAAUCUCAGUGGAGAGGAAGACGGUGAAGGUGAAAAGAAAGGGUUCGGUUACAGCGAUGAUCUCAGUGGAGAGGAAGACGGUGAAGGUGAAAAGGAAGGGUUCGAUGAAGACAUCGAAGUUCUUAGUGGUGAGGAUGAUGGUGACGAUACAGAUGUUCUGGAAAUCAGAUCCUCCAUUGGUUUGGAUUCAACCCUAGAUAACGAGGAGGAAGAAGAUGAAUAUGACAGGAUUGCUGAGGGGGAGUGGAAUACCAAUCACUCCUUCUGUAAAGAUCCUCGUGCAGAUCAGAUUGCUGCUCAACUUAGGCUCAGGGAAGAUGAUGUAGAGGCAUCAAAACGCAAACCUAAAGUUUCUGAUGAUCAUUUUAAACCAAAACCAAUAUUGAAAACGAAGGAAAAUUCUGAGGCAAAGUCUGGAAAACGAGUCAGAUUUGAUCCAAGUUUUGUUGAUGACUUAGAUAAUGACCAACAAGAAAGACCAGUUGUGUCUGCAGAUGAAAGUCAACCCAAGGUUCCUGAUCAUCUCAUCAAUCUUUCAAAAUACACACGUUAUAGUUUGGAUUCGUGUGGUGAGAUUGAUGAUGUCUCCAACAGUCGAGCUUGUAUGUAUGUGCUUGAGGAGGUGAAAAAGUGGAAGCAAAAGAGCUCACCAACUGAAAUUGAUUCUCAUCAACCUGUUACCUUUGUUCCUAAGAAGAAGACUGCCAGUAUAAUAGCAAUGGAAGAUGAUGGUAAAGGCUAUUCUAAAGAAAGUGUGAACCGACCGAGCUUUCCAGUACACAUUGCGGCUUGGGAGGAACAAAAAAAUGAAAGUGAAACAACAGAAGAAGAUGGUGAUUUCGGAAUGGAUAUGACAGAAGACAGUGUUGUUCGUAAACCAGAUCGCCGUUACCGAAGCAAGUCAAGCAUGGAAGAUGACCUUGAUUAAAGAACUUCAUAAUGGGUUCUUAUAAUGUUAUGUGGUUAGAAAUGGAACUUACGUUCCACUCUGGAAUUGCAAAUCUUCCCUGUUUCUUUUCUUUUGCUCUUGUUUUAUUCUUUUGCGUGUGUUUGUUUUACUUUUGUGUUAAUACUAAUAUCGUGACAAAUGACUUCAUAAUUUGGAUGUGUGAGACUAUGAGAGGCCUAUGUUUUUUGGUGGACGUUAUUUAUACUCAGAAAAAUCUAAUAAGCGAUCACCAAAGAUGGUAUUUCUUAUAUUCAA